UGUUUCAUGCAUAUAUAACAGUAAACAUCAAACUACUUUGAAAGGCUAUCUAAAUAGUGGAACAUAGUUAGUACAAAACUAUCAAAGUGUACAUACCACUUUCUCUGCAACGAUACCUCAACGCCGGCAAAACACGACAUCUCAGCAAGCAUGACUUCGAUCUUGCCCCCUUUCCCGAAGUUUGUCUUCGCCAUCUUCGAGCCUAUUUCACUGUAAGUUGACAUCUACGACUUUAAUUUGACUUACUCAUCGAAUCAUAGUGUGGCUGGUUUCAUGGGCGCAAUGAUCUUCCCUGAGUGGUUUAUCGAGGAGCAAAUUGCAUCUUCGCAUCAUGUAUCUAUCGGUGAUAAUGCACGGCUUGUUGCUCUACAAUUAGGCAAUAUUUACCUUCUACUGGCCAUGGUAGGGGUUGCAGUUCUUUACAGCACGCAAGAGGCAAAAGUCGUCAGGAAUUAUCUCAUUGCUUUGUGGCUGGCUGAUAUUGGCCAUCUUGCUGUCACCUAUCAUGUUUUGGGAUGGGAUAGCGUCGUGGAUGUCGCCCAAUGGAAUUCAAUGACUUUUGGAAAUAUAGGGGCAACGGUAAGACCACUCCCAGUCGGUACCUUCACCGUAGCUGUACGAUUCAAAGUCUAACUGUAGCAGCUGUUCUUGUUCUUGACGCGAUCAGCAUAUCUUCUUGGCAUGUUCGGCCCAGGUAGAAAGAGCACCACAAAGCUUGCUUGAGUCGAGCCACACUUUCAAGGGUAACAAAGGCUAGAUGGAGAGGGAGAUCACAAGAUCGGUAUAGCCAGGCCAGCCAAUAAAUAAUUUCACGUUGGAUGAGGGUGGCGUAUGUUCUAGUCACAACAGUGGCACAUCGCAUGUUUUGCGAGAAGGUCGUUACAAAUCAUCGUUCAACCGUGCCCAAACAUCUAGAUGAUCACUCAGUAGGUAUCAAUCUUAAACCCUAAUGUUCAAUUCACCAGUCUAGUAA